AUGGAGCUGCCAGUGUUCGAUUCGGGUUCGUCCUUCGCGGCAGGGCAGAAGGCUGAUGCCCGCGAUGACAACCCGAUCCGCCACAAGCAUGUCUGGGCGAUCGUUGUGGGCAUCGACGACUACGCCCAUCCAGAGGCUGUCACUCUCCGCGGCGCUGCCGACGAUAGCGAUAAUUUUCACCAGUUCCUCACGAACACCUUGGAUGUUCCCUCCGGCCACGUCGUCAGGCUAAAUGACAAGGAGGCGACGCGCACCCGGAUCCUCGGUGAAUUCUUCAGCCACCUCAUUCACAAUCCCGCCAUCGAGCGCGGUGACAUGAUUGUGUUCUUCUACGCCGGCCACGGCGAUUGCAAGAACGCGCCUGCCAGCUGGAACGCGGGAGGUCAGUUCAGCACCAUGGCGGAGCUGAUCUGUCCGCAUGAUCAGGGCAUGCAAGACCAGGAAGGCAAGACCAUUUUCGGCAUACCGUCCAGGACGUUUGGAGCGCUGAUGCGCCAGCUGGCUCAUGUGAAAGGCGAUAAUAUACUGGCCGUCUUCGACUGUUACCAUCCUGGA